AUGCUCGCACAACUUCUAAUUAAAGUAAUUCUUACCGAACUUAGCAAAAGGUGCAUCUGUGAAGUUCUUAAAACUCCGUUCAAGAUAGAAGAAAAGAACGCGAGUGGUGCUGAUGUUGUUUGCAUGGAUUUGGGCCGUAAUCGGUGGACUCCCGGGAAGGCGGACGCCGACUCGCAACUGGUCAUGUCUGCUAAUGUCUUGGCAGCUAGGAUAUUUUAUGAUUUUUGUCGGGAUGCUUCUUGGUGCAAGCAGGUGCAGGACAAAAUUCAGUCGAAAUUGGCUACCGUCCAUUUGCCUUAUUUUAUUGAAACAUUGGAGCUUUCCAAUUUGGAUUUGGGCGUCACGUCACCCGAAAUCGUUGCCGUUUACGCACCAGUUUUGGAUGACUGGGGUUUUUGGAUCGACUUCGAGCUGAAGUACACUGGUGGCAUACAUUUGACGCUAGAAACGAAAGUUAACUUAAUGAAACUGAAAGAGGGAAUGCAUCGGAACGAAAUGUACAGAGAAGUGAGUAAGAUGAAGAGCUCUGUUCGCGUUCAUCAUUAUUCCGACUCGGAUUUACCGGAAUCGCCCGAGAGCAGCGCAGAUGAAGACUUCGGCUCCAAAAUGGAAAAGGCGUCUACAGCAAAAGAAAGUACUGGUAAAAAACUGUUGAAUGUGGUUGACAAAAUAGCCAGCAGUAACAUAUUUCAAGGUGCAUCUGAACUAAAACCCGUCAAAAAGGUGAUGGAAGAAAUAUCUUCGACUCGUUUACUGUUGAAUGUUGAUGUGACACGCCUGGAAGGCACUAUGACAGUCAACAUUCCG